AUGAAUUGGCUCUUAAUAUACUUCCUCGGACUUGGAUGUGUCUUCGAGGCAGCUAGCUUGGGCGGAAAUCGCUUGCUCCUUUUGCUGGAAGAAUCGACCGAAAAGUCCAAAUAUUCGAACUACAUCACGGAUCUAGAAGAUAGAGGUUAUCAGAUUUCAAUAGAUUCCCCAAAGAACGAGAAGCUCUCACUGUCGAAGCUUGAUGAUAGAACUUAUGACCAUCUCUUAAUUCUUCCUUGCAAGUCGAAAGGUCUUUCACGCCUUGGACCUAAUCUCACUCCCGCAAUACUCCUCGAUUUCUUGAAUCAAGGUGGAAAUAUAUUCAUAGCUCUGUCAGCAACAAGACCAACACCGACGUCCCUGGUAUCGCUACUCCUUGAACUUGAUAUUCAUCUUCCAACCGAUCGCUCUUCUGUCAUCAUCGACCAUUUUAAUUAUGACACGCAUAGCUCUGCAGAGAUGCACGAUGUCCUUCUUGUUCCUAGACCAGAUGCUAUAAGGCCAGACGUCAAAAAUUAUUUCCGCGGUAGUGGUAUAGGUGGCGAGGUUAUUGCAGUUCCAAGAGCAGUUGGACAGACAUUAGGUAACCUAAGUCCGCUUUUGACUCCAAUUCUGCGUGCUCCCCGUACAGCAUACAGCUACAGCACAAAAGACGAAGUUUUGCAAGACAUUUUUGCUGUCGGGCCUCAACUUUCACUGGUCACUGCAUUUCAAGCUCGAAAUUCGGCCCGUUGUACUGUGAUUGGAUCCUCAGAGAUGCUCGAAGACGCAUGGUUUGACAGAAAAGUUGCGCGUCCAAACCAAUCCUCUGGCACAGAAAGUAGCUUUAGUGAGGCCUCGACCAUCAAUCGAGUUUUUGCAAAAGAAAUAACUGGAUGGACCUUUAAGGAGAUUGGAGCUCUUCAGGUUGGCACAGUUGAGCACCAUUUGAAAGAAGAAAGUUCCAACAACAAUGGAACUAACUCUAAGAUCUACCGUGUAAAAAAUGAUGUAACUUAUAAAAUAGAACUAUCAGAAUAUUCUUGGGGAGAAUGGAUACCGUUUGUUCCAGCUCAUGGCGAUGUGGUUCAACUUGAGUUUUCAAUGCUAUCUCCGUUCCACCGACUACCACUUCGGGCUGUGUCAACUUCAAAAAAUUCAACUAUAUUUUCAACAAGCUUCCGGCUUCCUGAUCAGCAUGGAAUAUUUAAUUUUAUGGUUAACUACAAAAGACCGUUCCUUACUAAUGUGGAAGAAAAAGACACGGUGACAGUCCGACACUUUGCACACGAUGAGUGGCCCAGAAGCUGGGUAAUUACCGGUGCAUGGCCAUGGAUUGCCGGGAUUGGGGCAACUAUUAUUGGAUGGCUUGUUUUUAUUGCUCUUUGGCUCUGGAGUAAACCUGUGUUACUUGAGCCCAAAGAAAUUUUAAAGAAGAAACAAUAA